ACAGUUGUCAUGGCGAUGGAGUCGGCCCCGGCGUCGGCUCCGGGGGCUGUUGCCAUGGAGAUGCCCGCGCGAGGUGCGCUGCCGGUGGUGGAGGAGGACGAGGACUCGGGCGCUCCGGGGUUCGAGGAGAGGCUGCAGCACCGCCGCAGAGGAGGCAGGCAGCGGCGCGGGCUGCCGUUCAACCGGAGCGGCUACUACAUGCUGGUAGUGAUCGGGCAGAUCGGCACCGAGGCGCAGCUGGACGCCGCCAGAGCGCAGAUAGAGCGGGGAAUUCGAUCCUGGGACGUCAAUUUGAAGUGCUGCGACCUUGACCAGCAGCUGCAGCUGUUUAUAACUCGCCACUCGGCCCAUUUUUCCUCCAAGGUCAGAGGAGAGCGGACUCUGCACCACAAAAGUGAUGUCCUAGAGAUCGUGGUGCUUGUGAACCCGUCGGAUGACACCGUUGUAUCAGAGAUCCAGUCUCUCGUGACAGAUUCUGCAGGACACAAGCUGCUGGUCUUGAGCGGCCAGAGCUCGGAUCACGGUGGCCUUCUUCUCCAGACCGGAGUUUUCACCCAUCAGACCUUUUCACAGAUCUUUGCUGAUCCUGCAGUCAGUGAAUUGCUGGGAACAGCAGCCCCCAAGCAGCAGGCAACACUCACUGUGUCCUGCCGUGGGGAGGUGGGCUGGAGCUCUGUGGGACAGCAGCAGACCCUGCGGGAGUUCCUGGACUACAAGCUGAACCCAGAGCUUGUUCUCCCCAAGAUGGAGGGUGUCACAGAGUUCACAGAGUAUGUCUCUGAAACCGUAGACGUCCCCUCGCCUUUCGACCUGCUGGAGCCUCCCACCUCCGGAGGCUUCCUGAAACUGUCGAAGCCAUGUUGCUAUAUCUUUCCGGGAGGACGGGGAGACUCGGCGCUCUUCGCCGUGAACGGCUUCAACAUCCUUGUGGACGGAGGCUCCGAGAGGAAAUCCUGCUUCUGGAAACUGGUCCGUCACCUGGACCGCAUCGACUCGAUUCUGCUCACACACAUCGGCGCCGACAACCUCCCGGGUAUCAACGGGCUUCUUCAGAGGAAGAUCGCAGAGCAGGAGGAGGAGCAGUCACAAGGCUCCACAAACUACAAUGACUGGAUGAAAAACCUGAUUUCUCCAGAGCUUGGUGUCGUCUUCUUCAACGUGCCGGAGAAGCUCCGUUUACCAGAGUCCAAUCUCAAAGUGAAACGCAGCAUCGAAGAGGCCUCGCUUACUCUGCAGUACCUUAGUAAACUAGGAGUCAAGCCAGAGCCUCUGUAUCGAGUGGUCAGCAACACCAUCGAGCCCAUUACACUUUUUCAUAAGAUGGGAGUUGGGAGGCUAGAUAUGUAUAUUCUUAACCCAGUAAAAGAUAGCAAAGAGAUGCAAUUUUUAAUGCAGAAGUGGGCUGGCAAUAGCAAGGCCAAAACUGGGAUUGUGCUGCCUAGUGGAAAGGAAGGAGAAAUAUCUGUGCCCUACCUGACAUCAGUUACAGCCUUAGUUGUGUGGCUACCUGCCAACCCUACAGAAAAGAUCAUCAGAGUGCUGUUCCCUGGGAAUGCACCACAAAACAAGAUCUUAGAGGGGCUGGAAAAACUAAAACAUCUCGACUACUUGAGGUAUCCUGUCGCCACGCAAAAGGACAUUGCUUCAGGAGCUCCUCCAUCGGUUAUUAAGCAAACAAAGUUAAAACAAAGAACGGAUAGCAAAGAAAGUCUCAAAUCCUCUCCUAAAACCACAGCAAAGACCUCUAAGAAAGAAGCUGAUGGGCAGGACGAUGUGUCAAACGCAACAGAAGCAAAAAGUGACUCUGUAAAGGAAAACACUGUAGAGAAAAGGGAGGAAAAGAAGCCAGCCAAAACACUAAAAUCUAAAACUGACGUGCCAGAAAAGAAAAAACUGAAAGAGAAAACUCUGAAGAAGCAUUCGAAGGAAAGGGCAUCAAAGAUGGAUGAGAAGAAAGACAAGGAGAAGAAAGAGAUCAAGAAAAUAAAGAAAGAUGAUUCUGCCAAAAAAGAUGACAAGAAAGAGACCAAGUCCAAAGAGGACAAGAAGAAGGAUGCAUCCAAACCUGAGCUGAGAAAAAUCACCAAACCUGACCUGAAACCUCUCACACCCGAAGUCAGAAAGACCUUACAUAAAGCGAAAGCGUCAAGUAAAACCAAGACAAUGAAAAGCAAAACCACAAAGGCUGAACCUGCUGAGCCCAAAGCAGACGAAGUGAAGCCUGUGGUUGUUAAACCCGAACCCACCGAGAAACAAGCUCCUGUUGGUGGUACAACAGCUGUAUCCACACCUGAAGACCUCAGUAAGGAUUUCGAAGAACUGAAAAAAGAUGAAGGAAAAGCCGUAUCAGCAGAGCUCCCUGUGAGUGAUAAGGUUUCCCCUGAGCCAAUAGCAGAAAGUCCAACCCAUGAGACGGCCAAAGAGCCAGAUGCAGUUUCAGAAAUCCCACAGAAACCAAAGUCUCCUGAAACGGCAGCGUCAGCUCCAGAUGCAGCAGCUAAAGCUGAAGGGAAAGACAAAGAGUCCGCUCAAGAGGAAGAACUCGAAGAAGCGCAAACAUUCGAGGAUGAGGGAGCUGCAUCUCAGGAUGAGGAAGAGGUGGAGGAAGAGUCCCUCGCUGCAGAAAAGAAAGCCCUGGAAGAAGAAGAGGAGGAGGACAUGGGAAUAGGUGUGGAUGAAGAUGAAUCAAAGUGGACAGAGGCAAAGGACGAUGGACUUGACAGGAAACAUGAGACGGAAGAAAUGGAGAAAUCAGAAUAUUUGUCCAACAAAGCUUUGACAGCACAGGACUUCCAAACGACUCCAUCCAGAAAAGAAGAGGAGGAAAAAGAAGCAGAGGUGGAGGAGGAAGAAGAGGAGGGGCUGGAGAAACCUGAACUGGAAGAGGUAGAGGACUUAGAUGUGAUAGCAGAUGAAGAGAUCAAAGUCAAGCCUGAAGAUGAAGCCGAAAACAAAGCAGGUGAGAUUCCCCCUGCGGUGGCCCUGGAAGGAGCCGCUGGAGCUGAACCCGUCUUCUACAUCCAGGACGAGAUGAUCCCCGGCUAUUCUGAGACAGAGCAGACCAUCUCUGACGAGGAAAUCCAUGAGGAGGCGGAGGAGAGAAUCCCUCACCUCCAGUACGAUGUUGGUGUCUACGACAUCUCUGUUCCAGAUCAGACAGGUUCCUUUGUAGACAUUCAUGGAAUGCGAGAGAUGCAGGCGGCUGCCAUGGUAGAGAAAGGUUUCGUUCCAGGUGUGCAGGAGCAAGUCUCUGUUUUCACCAACAUCAUCACUGCUCCCCUGGCAGAGGAGGAGCAUGUGUCCUCUGCAACGUCCAUCACAGAAUAUGACAAAAUGUCCUCUUUUCCUACGUCUAUUGCGGACGAUCAGUCAGUGGCAUCUGUUGCUGCACCACCUGCUGAGGAACUGCUCAAGACCCCGGCUCCUUCUUCAACGGCAGUAAGCACAUGCCAAGGCAAAGAGCAGCCACCCUCCGCAGGAAGUCUGUCACCACCUUCCUUAGAAGAGGACAAACUGUCCAAGUCUCCGUCUAAUGAUUUACAGCUGCCUGUUGCAGAGGACAAGACGGUAACUGAAGCUCCUGUCAAGACAGAAGAGGAGGAGGAGGAAGAAGACGAAGAGGAAGAAGAAGACCAAACGCCUAACGUUGAUAUUUCUCUUGAAAGACUUCAAGAGGGUUAUGCUGCAUCUCAAAUACUGCAGAGCAGAAAAACAGACAACGAGGACGUUUCUGGAUCUCCAGAAAAGACUCACCAUGACGUCAAACCAGACCAUCUGCCAGUGGAGGAGGAAAACAUUGAUGCUGUCGCUCCUAAAGACAUUUCCUCUGUUGUGCCUACAAGACCCUUUGGAUCUGACUCAGUGACGUCAGAGAGCGAAGAGCGCUGCUUCAGUCCAGAUGACAUCACUGUGAAAAUGGCUUCUCCUCCACAGUCUGGGCCCUCGAGUGCUGCUCAUUCUCCAAUCCAUCAGUCUCCAGUAGAAACCAAGACAACAGUUUUCCUGGAUUCUGAGUUGCUUAAGGAGGAGGCACUUCCCAAAGAAGUCACCACAAAGGACAGCCAAACCAAAACGAAGGAUGACCAGGAAAGUGAAAAGCAGAAAGAUGUAGACAAACAGAAAGUAGGCCAGUUUGAAGAAAUGUCUGGAAGAUCCGAGGAUAAAUUGUUUGAACGGGACAUUGAAGAGGCUGCAGUGAUAAAAGAGGCAGAAAAAGACAUUGCGUCUGUGCCAAAAGAAGAAGGAAAACAUGCAGAAUUAACGUCUGCAGUUGCAUCGUCUUUAACAGAAACUGAACUACCUGUUGGGGGCAGAGAGGAUUCCCUCCCAUCAUCUGACAAAGAGGAUCCUUUCAGCCGAACCAGAGAGACGGAACCUAAAGUGCCUGGGUCAAGCAAAUUCCCAGAGAAGAGUAGUUCCUUAGAUCAUAAUAAAAAAGAUGAUGACGACAGUUAUGAUGAUGAUGAUGACAAUAAAAGUGCUGUUAAAGUCACCAGUGUCACACAUGAAAAAGAUACUGAUGAGGUCCCAGGUCGUAAAGAACCCAGGGAAGAAGAAAAUCAGAAAUCUGUCAUUCAGGAAUCAGUUUCAACUGUGACGUCCAUCAUGACUGAGAAGGCAGAUAAAAUAUCCGUAAAGGAGGAUAUUUAUGACACCACACCUGCUAAAGAAGGAGCAAAGGAUCUGGGAGCUGUUGAUGAAGCCAUUAAAUAUGAUCACAAAGAGACAGAAAAAGAUGAUAAGACCAAAAUCAAUGAGCAAGUACAGAAAGAAGCUGUGCCUUCUGAGGUAAAACAAGUCAAAGAUGAACAGACAGAGAAAGAUGAAAUACAACAGCAUAAACUGGACCUCAAAACUGGUGGUGACUUAAAGGAAAUGGAGGCGGAAAAGGAUGAUAUUUCUGAUGCAGAGAUUUUAAAAGAUAAUGAGAAGAAAGAGAUGGAUACUUUUCAUAUUAAGACCCAUGAAAAAGAUGUUGAAAAGGUUCAGCCAUCAGAUAUCAGUGACGUUAAGGAAGAGAGCCAGGGGGAGGGAAAGGCAGAUGAUGUGCUGUUUUCUGAGUCGUCAAAAGAAGAGAAGAAAAAGGAGAAAGACUCAGACAUCAAACUAAAGGAAGAGCAGAAGGAGGAAAAAGAAGUGGGAAAACAAGAUGUGUCACCCAUUAAGCCCCUUACACAUCAAGGAGAAGAGGAGACGAAAAAAGAUGAAGAAAUUAGCGAUGCACACGAAGCCCCUUUUACCAGGAAAGAAGAUGAUGAGCAAGAAAUUAGUACAGAUGCAAUCUUGACUUUCAGCCACACCAAAGUAGAGAAAGUCAUAACAGUGAGUCAAGAGAUCUCUGCAGACAGGUCAGUAACUGAACAGGAGGAGAAAAUCUCAAAGGAGGAAAAUAUUCUGUGCACUAAGCCUUGCCAGGAAGAAAAUAAGGAUCUAACUACGCUCAAAGAUGAUGCAUCCCUAUUUAAACCUACAGUAGGAGAAGACAAUAAGCAGGCCAUGAAGAUAGAAGAUACUUUGGCUGUUCAGUCCAGUACGUCUGAGGGAAAGGAAAAGGUACCAAGUAGGGAAUCUCCUGUUGGUAAGCCAACAACUGAAGAAAAAAGAGAGCACAAAGAAAGUAAAGACACUGAAGAUGCAGUCAAAGUUACCAAAAUGGGAGAAGUGCCUGAAACCAUAGAGAAAGAUACUGAAUCCUCCACCACAACCACAAGCAAAGAAGCAAAAGAGAUGCUUCCACCUGAACGACCAAUCACAGAAGAGCAUGAAGACGUCACAUCUGCUGUCAAAGCACCUCCAAUAGCAGAAGAUGAUGCAGUAAUAAGGGAGCAUGUACCAGAUGUCAAAACAGUCAAAGAUGAAGCAACUCCAAAGGAUGUUGGUAAUGAGGCUGCUCCCACGAUACAAGAUGAACAAGACAAAGAAGACAGCCAAGAUCUUUGUGGAACAGCAGAGGGAGCAAGAGAGACAAUAGCAGAAAAAGAGGAGGCAAUGCCCAUCAAACUGUCCAAAGAAGAACAAGUGACGGCUCCCGAUCAUGGUGUAGAUGUCCUGCACUCCAAGGAGGACAAAGAUGCAGCUAAGGACACAAUUUCUGACAUAAAAGAGCAGGAAACUAAAGAAAUAGCAGGUGCUUUUCCUCCCACAGAGGAGCAGAAGAAGGUUGAAACCAAGGACGAUGCAUCAGAUUUAAAACUUGACAAAGAGGAGACAAAGAAGGCAACGAUAGAAGAACCUGACAUUGAAGUAGUUAAGGUUAAGAAAGAGGAUGAAAAGGCCGAUGUUAUUGAAUGUGUUUUUGAUAAAAAGGAGAGGCAACAGGAAGCUGCUGAAAUUUCUAGGGAUGGAAAGGUGGAGGAAGAUAAAGGAGAUGUUUCUGGGAAACAACCCCAGGAGAACGUUACUGACCAAAAACUCAUGUCAGAACAAAUGAUGGACACCACUGAACCACUCUCUGACACAGAAGACAAGGAGUCGCCAAAGGUUGAAGCUCUUAAAGAAGAAAAAAGUGAAAUGAAGCAGGAGAGUCAGGUCAUCAAGGAGAUGCACAUUCCAACAACUAGCAUCGCAGAGGAGAAAGAUACGGAUCCUAUUCUGUCAGAAUCCAAGAUGGAUGUUAAAAAAGAAACAAGUGUUGGGGAGGAACAUGCACUUGAAGAAGGUUCUGAUAAACUGUCUGGAAUCCAUCCAGGAACGGAAACUUUGUCAGAAGGAACACAACAGGGAUUUGUGCUGAAAGAUGACCUUGGUAUGUCUUCCCGAGACAUCCAGGGGGAGCCACAAGAACAAGAGAAAGAACUGAAGGUUAUUAGUUCAGAAGAGAGGAUGGAGAGAGAAAAAGACGAUGCGCAUGUUGCCGAACUGAGCAAAGAACAGAAAAUGGAGAAAGAGCAAGAGAAGGAUUACACUUAUGAGACUGAGGACAUCAAAGAAGAAAAGACAAAACCAGCUGAAGAUGUGAAGAUGGUUCCAGAAAAGGAUGCAGUUUGCAUGAAAGUAGAUGACAUCACAGAGAAAGCAAAGCCCGACUACACUGAAGCAGAUCAAACUAAAGAGGAAAAAUGGGAGAAAGAGGAAGUGCAGGAGAAAGACCAGGACAAAGGCAUCAAACAACCUUCACAGGAAAUAUCAGGAGAAGCAACGUUGACUCCCAAGUCAGAUUACAAACCUGCAUUUGCGGUUCAGUCAUCAGAUGAAGACAGAGAGGAUGAAGAAGAGGAGGAUAUCUGCAUGGGAGGAGCAGGUUCCCGACCUUUGUCAGUAGAGUCAAGAAAAUCUGACCAUGAUAUUUCCUCUGUGUGCGUGACUCUGACACAGACUCCCCAGACAAGAGACCAAACUCAGCCCCCUGCAUCUCAGCAUCCCGCAGUGAUCAUACCCACUCUGACGAUGCAGGAACCGUCUUUGGAUGAGGACAUCAAAGACUCUGGGAAAGAAGAAAGCAGACUUUCGCCUGAAGUUGACAAAGAUGUCGUGAAAACAGAAGCCACAGCUGCUCCGCUUGCCAAGCCGGAGUCGACUUUCGAUAUCGUAACAUCAAAGGAGGAGGAAGCAGUUUGCAGUAGUGCCGUCGUCAAAGCAGCACCGGCAUCAGCAGCCACUGAGACAAAGCCCAUGUUGUCAACAUUAUCUAGUACCGACAGCCAACCAAGGAGCAGCAUACUUUCCAGCACAGAAAGCCAGUCCAGUGUGGAGGAAGCUCUCCAACAAGAGAAACACAUGUCGUCCGAGCUGAGCUCAGGUAUAUGUGGCUCGGAAAAGACCAGGCCAGAAGAGAAGCAAGCAAAAGAAGCAGAAAGGGAGAUGGAAGGAGAAAGGGAGGUGGUCUCUCCAGGACUCUCACAACCCUGUUCAUAUUUCAUGAUUGAUAAAGAAUCUGAAGAUGCUGGAGACCCCACUAGCAGUGCAAAAAUAGUUUCAAGUGAAAAAAUGAGCUUAAAAACAGAGAUUAUAAGCGAAAGCCUCGGAGAUGAGACAGAAACUUUUGGUGCAUCCAAGUAUGAUCCAGAUGAAAAGCCCGUCCCUAAAGGCCAAGAUCCAGAGAGAAGAGAAGAUACUGAGAUUUCUCUAGGCUUUGAUACCACGUCUGAUAUGUGCAUUGAUGAUAACCGAAGAGCGAGCCAGACAGAAAGUGGAGGAGCCAUGUUUCUAUUAGAUGAUCAGUACAAAGAAGAACCGCUGUCCUUCAGCAGAGUCGACUACAGCCCCGUGUCCCUCACAGAGAGCGAGAAGAGCAGCCACCACAGCCGAAGUGCCUCCCCCAGAGACCAAGACAGAGAGAAAGGCCAAGAGGAAGAGAGCCAGAGAGAAGAAAGAGCAGAUUCACCUUGCGUCGACAAGAGCUAUUUCUCCACAAACAUGCAAGACAACAAAACAUCCCAAGCUGCCGAGUCAUACUCAUUCACUCCCAAAGAAGACAAGCCUGAAAAAUCAGAGAAAGAGAAAGAAGAAAUGAUGGAAGGAGGUGCUUCAACUUCUCAGAGGCAACCAACACAAGAUGGUGACAUCGCUGACAUUCAGCCUGCAGCCGCCUCAUUAAGAGAAGAAACUGGUUCAGCUCCAAGGGGUCACUCGGACCUCGGGGCGACCGGUGGAACAUUUGGAGAAGUCACAGAGAAGGAGAAGACAGAAGAACAGAAGGAAAAGUAUGCUGAGUCGUUCAAAUAUAAAGAGGGAAGUUCUGAUCGUCCUAAGGAGGAAGAUGGCUCUCCAUCUGGCCGGCAUUCACCUGCAGAAAAAGACAUUUUACCUCAACGCAGGUCAUCUCCAGUGAGCCAAGACCCUCCAACUGAUUCAAGGAGUGGCGCUGGAGCCACAUGUGUGGGACUUGAUAUAGAUGAUAAUGUCCUGGCAUCUGAUUUCAGUCAACUUAGAAGCUCUGUUCCUUGUAAGUCUUUGCAUUUUCCAGAGGGAAAAGAGAUCCUCGUGGACAAAAGGCUGCUGGUAGAGGGAGAGGAUUUCAGUGUGGACGAUGACGAAGAGGAAGACGAAGAGGAGGACGAAGAGGACAUGUCGAGUGAUAUAGAUGUGGAAAAGGGAGCCAGGGAGCAGUCAGAAAAAGAAAUGUGCCGACGCGGUUCUGAUGACAGCACUAAGUUGGAGGAGACAGAGGACUCAAAUAAAAUGUCCCAGUUGUCUGAAUCAGGUUUCCUCAAAGAGCAGUCAGCCCGUAAAACAACUCCUGAUGAUGGCUCAGCUUCACAAGUCAUAGACAUGGGCAAAACAGAUGGAGGUGACAAACAGGAGAGCACAAUUACAACAGCUUCAAAACCUGAGACACAGAGUCGAGAUUUAGACUCAACGCCUAAAACGAAUGAAGGCCGCAUCACACCAGAAGACACUCAAAAACCUUCUGAUGAAACAGAAAUGGAACACAAAGUUGAAUAUUUAUCUGAACCGGCAACAAGGUCGCCACCUACAGAUCAUGUUUCAACUGAAGCACUGAAGAAAGAUGACACCAACAUUUUACAUCCUCAGUCUCAGUUUGCGACAAAAGAAACAACAGAAGCAACAUCUACAAGAACACUGAUGAGCUGCUCUUUGACAUCUGAUCAUUCUGAGGAAAUGUCCAAACCUGCAUCUAGUCCUCCGCUAUCUGAUAGUGGGUUGAGCAAAUCUGAAGGUGUUUCUGAGGACAGUCAAGUUGGGCAGAAUGUGGAAGAGGAAGAAACCUCUGGCCUCCCAGAUGCCUCUGGACGGUCUGAGUCAAGUGACGUCAGAUAUUUCAGCCAAAGUCGAAAUCUUCAGAGCACAGACAUCAUGACAGAACAUGAAACUACUUCAUCAGAUAUCUCCUACACCACCCUAAUAAACUCUUCAACAUACUCCUCUGCGUCAUACAGUUACUCGUCUUCUGCCUCAACGUCUACACUUUUCAGCCGGGACUUGAGGGAGAAAGCUGCAAUUUUACCUCAACCAACUUCUGAGGUACCUUUGGCCAAGGAGGAACUUCCAUUUAAAGCGGCGUCUACAGGGUCAUGUUUUGGAGGUUUCAAGAGGGACGAAUACCUGGAGGUGAUGACAAAGCCUGCAGGGGAAAUGUCCAAGCCGUCAUCUAUGGACUCAUCUGCCACUCCCAAGAAGCCUGAGGCUCAAGAGCAAAACGCUGAUAUAAAGCAGAGUACUGAGAUAGCAACCUCCAUCCCUGCAACUUCUCAACCAAACAUAAAACCAGUAGCUGUCCCAGACAGUCCAUCUACAUCAGAAACUCACUUUGAUGUCUCUCCUCUCCAAAGGGCUGACUCCUCUGACCAGGGGUCCAAGAGUAAGGAGCCUGAAACACUUGAACUGGAGGACAGUACCCUGCUGUGCCACAUUGAAUGUCAAAAAAUCCAAGUGUCUGACCCAAAGGAGGCUUUCUUCUCAAAGACUGAAACGUAUUCAGCAGAGAGUACAGUUCAGAUCAUGGAGGAAAGGACUGUCGCCAUCACCUCUACCAGUACCGAGUCUAAACCUGCCGUGACAACAGAAACAACUCAACAUGCAGCCUCAAUAACGCCACCAAGUGACAUUGGAGCCACUCAAACCUCAUGUGCCACAACAGAUUUAAAGGAGAAGACAAAAGAAGCUAUUGAACAAAUGAAGGAAGAUGUCCAUAUAGAGGAAAAAGAAAUGAGUGGAAAAGAUGAGAAGACAGAAACAAUUAGGGACAUAGGCACCAAACAGAAGACAGAAGAGAGGAAACUGGAUGAAAAGACUUGUAAAGACGGAAGUAUAGAAGAUAAGAAAGAAACAGCUGACCCUAAGGUGAGCGCAAAAAUAGAAACUGGGAAACAAGCAGAGGGAGAAACAUGGGAAGACAAAAGCUUCUUUGAGAAGCCAUCAGUGAGGUUAGAAGUAAGGAGAAAGAGCAGCUUGUCAGACUGGGAGCUUUUGCAGAGGCCUGAGGAUUAUCCAGGUACCCCUCCACCAAACUACGAUAAUGGAGACGAACUAGCAGAUGAGGAAACUAAGGAAUGGGGGGCCACUUCUCAUACUACGUUAAUGUCCAUCUCAGCAGCGUCUUACCAUGCAGAAACACCAAGCAAAGCAGAUGUAAAGACUGGUCGUCCCUCUGAUCUGAACACUGGAGCAACUUCUUCUGCCUACCCUGAGGACUACUCGUCCUGCGAGUAUAAACACCGCAAGGGUGAGCUUUCCCCAUCCUUCAUCAACCCCAGCCUUCACCACCUCUCCAGCGACGAGAGUGAGGAGGACAGACACAGCGACCGUUCCCAGGAAGGAGACGAGGACGAGCACGAGCAACACUCAGUGAAAAGGAGGUUGCACAAGCACAGGCGCCAUCACGCUCAGAGUCACCAUGGUGAAGCUGGACAGGGUAUACACCAGGUGACGGGAGCAAUGUCCUCUGGUCUGGCUGUCACAUUAGCCGGGGAAGAGACACCUCCUACGUCUGUCAGUGAGUCAAUACCUUCACAGUCAGACUCCGACGUCCCUCCGGAAACAGAGGAGUGUCCAUCUAUAACUGCUGAGGGAAAUCUGGACUCUGACGAAGACGCAGAGCAUCUGCCAGUGGACAAAUCUGCCUCUGGAGUUGGGAGCAGCCACCAUGGAUCUUCACCACGCUCGUCUCAGAAACCCCACGAUCCACUCCCGGCCCCUAUGAAAGACCCCCUGCCCCACGCGCCCCAUCCAGACGUCUGCAUGGUGGACCCAGAGGCUCUUCUCAACGACCACAGCGGCACAGAGAAACUUCUGAAGAAGAAAGGCCUCAGGAAGGGCAAACCAAAGUCAGCCUCUCCUGCUCGUAAGGGUGAUGCCAGGAAGAGGUCUUCUACUCCGGUGAAGUCCAAGGACUCCGGCUCACCUCGUUCCGCCUCCCUCAGGAGAAAGGACACAGACAGAAGCUCCAGACUGAUCAAAAUGUCUGAGACGCAAGGCUCGAGGAGUGAGCUCCUGAACCCCGGGAAAGGGUUGGUCAACGGCAUCAAGACCAGUUCAGGAAACAGCUCCCAGAAAACUAGCCCAGCUGUUCCCCCGGGUCCGCCCGUGUAUGUAGACCUGGCUUACGUGCCCAACCACUGCAGUGCCAAGAACGUGGACCAGGAGUUCUUCAAGAGAGUGCGGGCUGCUUACUACGUGGUGAGCGGGAAUGACCCGGGAAGCGGAGAGCCGAGCCGUGGAGUUCUGGAUGCUCUGCUGGAGGGGAAAGCUCAGUGGGGCUCCAAUUUGCAGGUGACAGUGAUACCGACUCAUGACACAGAGGUUACCCGGGACUGGUACCAGCAGACCCACGAGAGACAGCAGGACCUAAACAUCAUGGUUCUGGCCUCCAGCAGCACCGUCGUCAUGCAGGACGAGUCGUUCCCCGCCUGCAAGAUCGAGUUCUGAGCUCCAUCCUUCCCCCCGACACACUCCUCCAUCACCACCGCCCGUCUCAUCCCGCCGCCGGCCCGUCUCAUCCCGCCACCGGCCCCUCUCAUCGUCGUCUGGAUUUUGAGCGAGAGCAAGCAGCGCUCGACGCUCCUGCAAAAGCUUCUGACUGUAACAAUCAGUCGCUGAAAACUCCUAGGCCUGUGAUUUGUGAUAGUUGGGGUUAGCACGGAAAAUAACGCUUGUGAGUUUCUUUGCUGACCUUGACACGGUUUUUGAGCUUCGAUCCCAUUCAAGAGCAUUUAGAAACCCAGCCACUGACGAGCACCGAUUGGAAAUCUGCUCCCCCCAAAAAAACCACCUUUGAGAUCUAAAUGAAAUCAGGAUUUUCCAACAUGACCUGCUUCAACAGUGACCCGCUAACAGACUGCACAGCCACCGUCACCAUGAACACAUCAUUCAAAGCUCCCUCGUCUCUCCACAACACAACACAUCCUUUUCCAGUCCAGCUCUCAGCUCAGUAGCAUUUGUAUGAUCUUAAUAACGACACAAAUAGAUGUUUUGUGACUCAAACUGCUCCUACUCGUCCUCUGUGGUUGAAGUUGUAGGAGGUUUGGCCCUCUGUCGGCUCUUUUUGAAACUUUUUUUUCUUCCCCUUUUCUUUCUUGGCUGUCACAGCUUCGCCGCUGCAUGAUGCUUGCAUUUGAAGCUCUGAUGGUUGCAGCGAGCUGCGUAGGGUCAAUGCUCUCUUUAGUCAGCCCUCAGGUGUUGAUAGGUUGCUUCAGUCUUCGGCCGUCUGCGCUCAAGUGAAACCCGUGUAGGCGCCAGGCAGAGGAACGCUUCGACGUGAUUUGCGUGACGCUUCGUUGCAUCUCCUGUCUUUGUUGCCGUGUUUCUCCAGUACGCGUUAAGAGUUAUCGUUUAUCAGCGCAGUACAUUUCAAACGGAGUGAGGAGGUGAAACAUCGUCGUCGUCUCCUUAUGUUCAGUCACAUUAAGCCGUUUCUGUCAAUGCAACAGCAAAGUGAUGUGGUGGGGAAACAGGCGGUGACCUGUGACAAAUGUAGCAAAGCUCUUCUGCGGGGCCCCAUCACUGGGAACAAUGUGGCGCUGGAAAGGGCAAUAUUUGUACGAUUGGGUUUAUUUUGCGAGAAUAAAAAAUGUGUGAAGGGUGCUGUGGGAGCCCGCUCUUACUCUACGUGCCUUUAGGUGGGGCAAGCCGCAGUUGGAGAAUAUCUAUACGGAUUUGGCUGCACACACUUUUCCAAAACAAAAGAGCUGAAUUUUCCAACCCGGAAACAUCGGGUGGGAUCCUCGUCGUUGUGGAGAGGAACGUCAGACCAAAUACAAACGAUUCAAAUACAAACGCACUUUUCUGAAGCAGGAGAGGAGAGUUUAAAUGUAGAGUUUUGUUUUGUCGUUGAGGUGCAGAUCGUCAGUGUCAUUGCAGGAGACGAUUCAAACAAUAUGCAAGAACGAGACCUCCCCUCCCCCCCAACCAAAUGACACGAAGCAAACUCUCUGCAGAACAUAACUGCAUGUUGCGUUUCCCAGGAAAUGUUAUAAAGCCACAGCAUGAAUGAUUUUUCUGGGGCCGUACCGGACACUGUUGGAAUGCAGGAGUGUGUUAGCUGUAGGACUAUGUGCGUGAGCGCGAGCGUAAGCAGGAACAUUUUUAAUUACACUAAAUGAUUUUUCUGCUUUACAGCCGAUUACAUUUCUGUUAGAGUGCUGCAGAUUUCUCUGCUGGUUCACAACCAGAUGUUUUAGAAUAGCAUAAUUUUCACUGAUAUGCAAGUUGGCUGGAGAGUUAAAGAGGCACUUUAAUUUUAUCUUUUUGCUGAAAUAAGAAUUUCAUUUCAACCAAUAUUUUUGCCUUCCAUUGUUUAGAUUUUUGUCCUUUUGUCUGUUAUUUGUGAAAGAUUGAUUCAAUCCUGAGCUUUGAACAGGAAGCAGUGAUGUUUCUGGCACUAAUGCCACCCCGGACAAGCCCCCAAACUCCAUUUGAACAAUUUCAUUUUGUAAGCCUUCAGGAAGUAAAAUCAUUGGUGAUAACAGCCUUGGGCGUCACAAGUUGAAUUUUUACCUCAAUCAAAGGGAAUCCUGACACCAAAAUAAGCAUCGAAAGGAUAAUUGUCCCCACAAAUAUAAUCAAAAAGUUUAAUGAACUGCAAAUUAUGUUCAAUAGAUUUGAUCAAAGUGUUCAAGCCUUUUAAAAAACAAUGAAUCAACCGUUCGAUUUAAAAACCUGUCACAUAUUUUAGGACACUGUGGGGUCCCCACUCUCCAUUGACUGGAUAAGUAAAUAAGCACAAGAAAACUCAUUUUUGUUUUUUGUUGCACGCUUCAGGCAUCCCCAAGCCAUGUUACCCUGGGUGGACAGCCACAUCACCCUGAUCAAAAGCUUCUGCUGCCACCAAGAACUAUUAUUUAAGCAACCUCAUUGUCAUCACAGCUGUUACAUUUUAUGAACAAGAAACUAUUCUUGGCUUGCAAAUUUUGAAACGACUCCAUAGAAGGCAACGCACCGUUGCUACCUCAUGCUAGCAGGAUACCAGUGCCAAUUUCUUUUGCUGUAAAACUGGCUCAUAACAGCACUGUAUACCUCAUCUCCCAAACCUGUGUGCUGCAUCUGCUGUCCUUCAGUCUUAAAUCAAAGAUGGCUGAUGCAUAAGCUCAUGUCUCUUCAUUGUAAUCUUUGUCUCUACUUGUGAUGCUUUAGGAAGACAGACAGCUUAUUUGAUCCCACUGUUGAUGAAUUUGUCAUUUUGAUGCCGGUUGGGAAAAAAAAAGCAAAAAAAAAAAAAAAAAAGAAAGCUGGGAACGCACAAAUAAACUUUUAGUUUGGAAGGAGCUUGUUCACUGGAGGGCAAAGUGAAGGGUGAAAAUACCUGAAUGUCUCUGAGAAAAGGUCGUUUUCGCUGCUUAUUUUGAAAAUGUGGUUAGUUAGGAAGAGAAAGCUGCCUUUUUUUUUUCAAUGCGUGCAUUAGGUAAAAUGGAUGGUUUGAGUUGUUGCAAUGAUUUGUUGUGAAAAUAUUGUGUGUUAAGUUGGUAGAUUCCAAAUACUCGGCCUUGGGGUUCUCCAGGCUGCGAGAGAAAUGCUGUGAAACGCUCAACAAUAAACUGUUCUCCCUCGCAGGAGCUGAAAAUGCUCUGUACAGGAGAUCCAUCUUCUUUUUCUGAAUGUAGAGUCGGUACGACCACAUGAAUGCUGCUGGAUUAAAAACGAAAAUGGCAAAAAUGGGGGGUGGGGAAAAAAAAGUUGUUUUAUUCACCAGUUUAGAUAAAAACUAAAGGUGGAGAAUAGCAUGGCUUUUUUCUGGUUCAGGAACAACAAAACCCUUAAACUUAUCAUUUUCUUUUCUCCCACUACAAACACGUGAACUACACAAAAUGAAUUUACAGAUAAAUAAUAACUGCAGCUGCAACCUUUUUUCCUGAAUAUGACUUGAAACACAUGCAGACUCCAAACCCAUGCGGACGGAAACGGAACAGUCACACGUUCCACUAACCUGCAGAACCCAGAUCUGUACAUCUCGCUCCGAUCGAACAGACCUGACAGAAAACUAAACUACCCUGUCUUAUGAAACCGACGUCAGUGACGAGCUCACGCAAACUCCUGAAACAACACAGACAUAACGUCGAGCCCCAGAAAGGAGGAACAAAGUGCAUCUUCCGGUUCUGUGUCACGUCCAUAGCUGCGUUAGAAGAUUUCAGAAUCAGCAUCUGGUGUCAUCUGUCCAUCUAAUCUCUCUGCAUGUGAUAUUUUUAGUUAUAAUCCUGAAUGUAACUGUUUAACAUGAAGAUAACAAUAAUAGUAAUAAUAAUAAUAAUAAUUUAAAAAAAGACAACGCUAUUUUAAAGAGGUAUAUUUGAGAAAAAAAAUGCUUAUUGUCUUAACUGGUACUGACAUGAACUACAGUAAUAUAAUCUUGGGCUCUGCUUUUAUUGUUUGCCCUAUAACAUGUUAAGAAGACGCUGUAUUGGUAAUUCUGUUUGAUUCUCUCUCUUUCUCUCUGUUUUUUUGUUUUGUUUUGUUUUUUAGGGGGUUUGUUUUGUUUUGCAUUGUAUUAAUCUUGAUUCUGUUUUCUUUCUUCCUAUGUGCAAUAUCAAAUAUCUCUCUGUCUCUUUCAAUCUGACUGGUAAAACUAGAACUACUGCAGAUCCAUUGUAAAAGGGAAACAGCCUGGUGAUCAUCAAUUAAACCACAUUGAAGUCUAA